UGAGGGGAUAAGGAGGCCGGCGGCUCGCACCCCCAGACACUGCGCAGCCCGCGCAGACCUGGGUGCCGCCGCCGCCGCCGCUCGCCUGAUUCCCCUCGGCCAGGGGGAAAGGUCGGCAGCGUCCUGGAGCCGCCGUGUCACUCCCCGACAGCCAUGAACUGCAGCGAGAGCCAGCGGCUGCGCACCCUCCUCAGCCGCCUGCUGCUCGAGCUGCACCACCGGGGCAACGCCAGCGGCCUGGGCGCCGGCCCGGGCCCGAGCAUGGGCAUGGGGGUCGUGCCUGACCCCUUCGUGGGCCGCGAGGUGACCAGCGCCAAGGGCGACGACGCCUAUCUCUACAUCCUGCUCAUCAUGAUCUUCUACGCCUGCCUGGCCGGAGGCCUCAUCCUGGCCUACACCCGCUCCCGCAAGCUCGUCGAAGCCAAGGACGAGCCAUCGCAGGCCUGCGCAGAGCACGAGUGGGCCCCGGGAGGUGCCCAGGCCGCCGCUGCCGAGACUGCCGCUGGCCCACCGGACGAGGGCCACCACCAGCUUGCCCCCGGGGGGAUGCCCGCCCUAGCCCGGGGUGCAGACGGGGUCUAGAAUCACAGGCCCAGCCUGCUCACUCGCGCCCUCCUCAUCUCGCUUGUCCCCUGGCGCGGCGUCCGCCUUUACCUUUCUUCCCCUGCCAGGGUUCGCCUAUCUGAGGCCCAGACAAUGAUGAGAGGCCAGGAGACCUUGUCUGGAAGGCCCUGGAAGAAGCACCACCCUACCCACUCCCGGCCGGUUUCCCCUCCUCUCCCCCCAUGCCUCCACCCCCCGGCCCGCUCGUCCAACUGCACUAAACUGCGUCUGCUCUCUUGUCUUCAGGCAGCCCUGACACCAUGCUCCAGGUCUCUGGGAACUGAAUCCAACAUGUCCAACACUUGGCAUUGAACUGAAGCAAUCAAGUCUAUCAGAAGUCUGGGCCAUCUAAUUGGCAGCUGCUCCAGGGGCUGCCAGAGACUGCUCACUGAGGAGCCAACGGGCUUGCCAUCACUGCCAGGCCGGCCGCAGCAGCUCCAGCUUCCUGGCGCCUUAGGGACAGAGACAGAAAAUGAGACCUCAGACAUGUUUUCCUUCCUUCCCUCUUUCAGCAGGGAGCUAGCAGGACACUAGGACUAUUCUGUGGGCUAGAAUGGACUUAAUGAGGACUGAAAGGGGGAGGGAAGCUCAAAGGGGAGGGCAAGACCUAUGACCCCAACUGUAUGGUUCUCUUGCAUCCAGUUGCCAUCCCAAAGGUGACUUGCCUGAUUUUUAGUUGUAACUUUGCCAUCUUCUGUCCUGGGGAACCAUUGCUGGGUGUAUCAGCUCAGUACUUGGAAAUGCCUCUCCUAUAUUGAUUCAGUUGUUAUGGCAGUUGUCUCCAUCCAUGGGACAUGAGGCUCAGACGUCCCGUACUCUGUAACCUGGGGAAUGUCAGAGGCAGGUAAUAAAGAUUGUUUAAACAAUGA